AUGAUAGAUUUCAAUGCAGCAGUUGCUCAGAGGCAUAGAAAUGCCUAUUGGAAGCAUACUGCAUCUACCCAUCACGCUCCUCCUGUCCGACCCGUGGCUUACCGCUCGUCAGGUCAAAUGCCUGUAUUUUCUGAGAGGGCCAUGGGGCAGCCAUACCCAGACCAGUCCUAUAAAGUUUCCCUCACAGGCAAGUCAUCAGCUUUUCAUGAGGAAUGCAAAUCGCGUGAGGCAAUAGUCCCAAUCCCUGGAUACGAUUUCGAUCCCGCCAGAAUCCCUCCACAGGCCAUUGGUCUUGAUGAUAGGAGGUUAGCAAACGAUCCUCAACUACAGUAUCAAAUGUUGAUACACGAUAUCUCGGCAAUGUUCUAUGAUUCGAACAGCUGCACAAACACAAAUCGUUACAAGAGGGAAUUCAGCCAAUCAAUCAUAUUCCUUGCCUUCUACCUCAUUGAAGUCGAUGAUCCUCUGGUGUCAAGCAUUGCAGAUCUAGACUCUUCAAACCUUAUAGAUCGACUUCGAAUGGGACUUCAAGACCAAUGCCGCAGUAUCUGCCCAAACCUAAACGUCGUUAUGGCUAUUCGUAUGCUUCUUAUCAGUAUAGGAGCCCAAAGAAGUGAUGCAGAGAUUUUUAUAUCCGAAGGGCAAGAGCUGAACUUCCCGAAGAUGAUAUAUAUAUUAUUGGGGGGUAGCAAACCGGAACGUCUUUCUACCGAGAUAAACCAUCCUGUCUUUCUCCAAGUAUUAUCAAGCACUCGGGCUUUUAGAGACUACUUCUUGGAUCAGAGUUACAUUGACCGGUAUGCUCAAAAGUGGGGUGCGAGUCUAUGGUUAUCUCUAACAAUUGUCCCGAGUAAUUGGGUAUCAGGCCUUUCGCAGAUGGAAUUACUGGACCUCGAAACGCUUUGGAGUGACUCAUAUGGGAUGGGUGGAUGUACCAUGCGAGGGGAUAACUUCGAACGUAUUUUUGCGAUUUGGGCCUACCUUAGCUCCGAAAAGUGCAGAUCCCAGGCGUUUGAGCGAAUCCGUAAUCAGUGGCCUGGAAUAUUUACCAGGGCGAAUCAAGAUCUAAUGGAGACCUCAAGCACAACACAGAUGGUUUUAGACCUUAUGGCAAUGGAGAGCAUCGUCCGACUGUUCCCAGAGGCAGAGCGCAUUGCAUACCAGAAGGGUCUGACGCGGGAUCUGAACAUGAUCGUCAAAAGGAAUGCAACGGGCAAGCAAUCUUUUGUCGUCCAACAUUUCCUUGUCUCGAUGGGAAAUAUUUUGGGCGAAAGUCCGUUGGUGCAAUUUAUCGAUAAGAUACUUUACUCGCGAACUGUCUUGGCCGUACCGGAUCCGAUAGGGACGCAUUACAUUUCUCAGCGAAUGACCGGCAUUACACAUCUUCACGCAAUGAGGGCUAGUAUUUUCGCGGCUAGGAGUCGGGCAGGACGUCUCAAGCGAAGUUGUGGCUAG